GAGUUCAGGCCUAUGUAUUGUACCCUGCAAAGUUAAAGGUUCUGUACCAGGGGAAAACCUACAUCUUCAAGGACAUUCAGUCUGCAGUUCAUCUACUGGAUGAAAUCCAAAAAGAAAAGAUGACUAUGACUUUGAUCCGCAACAGUCUAGCGCUGCUGGUCCUAGGAAGCCUUGUCACUUUUGUCCUCUACCUGUUGCUUCCUGCAAUCCAGCCAGAAAAAUUUACUGCUUCAGUAGACAUCCCUAAACCACGGGCCAUGGAGGAAGAGGAGAAGGGUACAGGUGCUGGGAAUGUCACCAUCGUGACAGGGACAAUUUUGCAAUCUUCCCUUUUCUUCAGGGAAGCUGUGCUAGUACAAAAAGAUGUGGCUUCCUCCACUGAAAGGCUGGCAGUGGUCUUCUUGCAUGGCCAGUCCUUCUCAUCCAAGACAUGGGAGACUCUAGGAACACUGGCUUUGCUGGCAGAGAAUGGCUAUCGUGCAGUAGCUAUUGAUUUGCCUGGUUAUGGGAGCUCCCCACGUUCAACCUGCAUCGCGACCGCAAAAGGCCACAUUUCUUUUCUGGAGCAAGUCUUCAAGGAGCUGGGCCUUCAGAAGCCCAUUUUGAUAAGCUCAUCUAUGAGUGGCCGAUAUUCCAUUCCAUUCCUCUUUUCUAGUGGAGAACAGCUGAAGGGCUUUGUGUCUAUUGCACCAGUGGGUACAAAAGAUUUUACAGCUCAACAAUAUCAGCAGGUCGAGAUACCAACAUUGAUAAUUUAUGGACAGCGUGAUACUGACCUGGGUAUACAGUCUCUGGAAAGUCUUCAGCAGAUUCCCAAAUCCAAAGUUGUCAUGUUGUUGGGAGCUGGCCACGCCUGCUAUCUUGAUAAGCCUCAGGAGUUCCACAAAGCACUGCUGAGCUUCCUCGGUGAAUUAAAAUGA